AUAGAAAGUAUCUUUUUCUAAUAUACGAACCACCUCCCAGCACUUUGUCCGUUGGUCUAGCUAGACAUCAACCGCGCUAUUCCUGUGCGCUAUUCCUAUUGCUACUUCCCCCAGGCAAUAUAGCAACGCAAGUAACUCCUGAAACAAAGUAAGUGCUGCACGAAUUGAUGUUUGCAGCGUUUGAACAAAUCGGUCGAAAAUUAUAUAACGGAAUGUAACUACGCUUCCAAGCUAACACGAACGACUAUGUAGUAUAAAAAAACUCUCCCUUGACGUUGCAAGAGCCAAAUUUCCAGAAUUAUGGAUCUCACCGGUAUGGCCGGCGCGCCAACCGGCACAGGCCCCCCGCCACCGUCGCAACCGCAGCCUCCGAUGAGUUCCCCACCGGCACCCGGACCUGACGUCGCGCGAGCAAAAGGCCUUCCCCCGGGGCAGGCACCACCGGGGCAACCAAUGCCCUUUGCAGUAUCCACCCGGAGCAAAGUGCGGUCUGUGCUGAGUCAACAAAGUUGAAAGAACUUUUGCAGUCGACGGCCUGGAAAACAAAUAAGUUGUUUUGAUGGCGCGGUGCCGCGUCAACAGCAUCAUGUAUGUUAAAGAUGAGCAUCAACUUCUCGGAAUUCUGAUUUCUACCUCCUGAUCUGUACGGACCACAUUCGCAAAGGAAAUCAAAUUUUUUUUCCUUCUUUUCCAUUUAUUUGAAUUGUUGACACAGAGGCCGUAAAUAACUUCUUUCCGCGUGGAUAAGAUGCAAAGGGACAACCAGUACCGCAGCAACUCCCGCCGAACCCGUCGCAACCACCACCCGGCGCGCCGGGCUUUGGCAUGCACCCCGGUGUGGCAGCACUGAAUCACCACCCCAUGCACCCCGCCGCCAUGGUAUCCAACAAAAAAACGGUGUUAGCGUAGGUGUCUUGUUGUUGGGGUAAGAGCAUGACAAAUCUGCUCUGCAUGACGAGAAUCAUGCACAGCUAGUGCGUGAAAUCGAAAUGGCCAUUGCGUAUGAACAGAGGACACGACGUUUUUAUGGCUGGCCAGCAUGACAAGUGUAACGACGUUGCAUGCUUUACAUGACACUUACUACACAGUUUUCUUCUUGCAUACAUGGCGGGCCCCGGCGGUCCGGCCUACCCUCCAUCUAUGAACCCCGGAAUGCCGAUGAUGAAAGGCGGCCCGAUGAUGAUGGGAGGUCCACCACCCGGCGCGGCGGGUGGUCAUCAACAUCCCGGCGGCCCGAUGUUGAUGAAAGGCGGCCCUGGAGGAGGUGUAGGUAUGGCGCCAGGUGGCGGGAUGGGCCCCCCAGGGCCACAACAUCCGAUGGGAGGACAACACCAACAUCAGCCCUACAACGGCGGAAUGGGAGGCGGUGGCGCUCCCGGCAUGGGCGGACCACCCGGCGGGCCGAAUUUUGGUGGUGGCAUGAACGGGUACAGUGCAGGGGGACCGAAGGGCGGUGGAGGACAUCAGCACCCGAAAGGAAACGGCGGACCCGGGGGAAAAUUCGGCGGGGGUGGAUCCUCCUUCGGGGGUGGCGGAAGUAAAGGGGGUGGCAAGUUCAGUGGCGGAGGCAAGUUUGGCUCCGGGGGCGGUGGCAAAUACGGCGGUGGUGGCGGAAAAAAAGGAGGCUACGGAAGCGGAAAAGGAGCUGGUACUUGUAGUUGUAGCAGUAGGUGGUAGAAGUGUGGUCCUCGCUGCAAAAAUCUUGCGCUUGUGUUUCGUGCUGAUUUGCAUGGCGACUGGAAUUUUUCCCAUGCGUAUUCUUACUGUGUGGAAGCGGAGCAUAGUCGCAAACUGUUUCUGUUUUUUCGUAGUUCCUUCGAUGAUUCAGAUUCAAGAAUAUUACGCCCCGGGCAAAGAAAACCAAAAAAAACAAGGUAAAAAGUGGGUCGAAUCCAUGCACCCAAUAGAGAUGUGUAUGGGAGUUGAAGAAAAGCCUAUUUCUGUUCGUUCCAUAUGUUUUUCGAUGUUUUGCAAUUUUGUAUUUUGCCUUGGCUUGUCCGAGGACCGAACUGGAAAUUAUCCUCAUGCAUGAGCAUGGCACCAAAAGAUGACACUGACUCUCAACAUCCGGGUGCUGAUCAUCAACAGAUGAUGUGAUUUAGAGCAAAGAAGAAAAACCAAGCGACCGAAAAGAACAGAGAGAUUUUUUCCAGCUCCAUACCAACCGACGCAGAUUUACCAGAAGAUAUCAAAGCGAAACUGGAGGAACUUCAGGGCAACCACUGGAUUGCGAAUAGCUUCAUGCGGCCAGCACGGAACCGGGUGUACGUACAAGGUAUCAGCGAAAACAUUUUCAAUACACAAAUUUAGCACAAUGAAAAUGAUCUUCAAGCUCAAGGAGUUCGAUGUAGCGAAUGAGAAGGUCUGUAUUUGGAGCGAGUCGCGUAUUCGUAUGAAACAACGUCCUCUUCGACGACCACAUCAUCACUCAAAACAACAUCUCCGAGGUACAAGAUGGACGGUAUCAGCAAGAGACGCGUCAAAUCCAAUAUCAUGGUCGAAACGAUUUUUCUUGAACCUAAGAAAACACAAAAGUUCUUUUACUUCCCGAAUGAGUGUUUCAUGUACUAUCGUAAUGCCUGCGUCGGCGACACGAGAAUCUGAAGGCUUUCUGUGAAGACCAUUUUUUCUUGUAGCCGUGUUUGCAGAAAGCCCCAGCAGGAUCUUCGCGUUUUGAGAGCAGUUCUUUCGGGAAAAGAAAGAAAUUUUGCACGUCCACAAAGGAAGGCAACCAACGAGCUUUGCGACUCAAGUUACGAAAAUCACUUUGUGCUGGUAAGAUAUUUUGUAGUAUCUGUUUUUGAUGAUGAACCACACCGACACGAACAUGAUCGUGACGCAUUUUCUCGAUCACGUCCAUCAUAUUAAAAGACCAACUGUCAAAGGAUUCUGUUGUUGAACUCGCACACUUUUAAAUCAAUGCAGCGCGAAGUCUCGAAGGAAAAGGGAUCAGCAAUUUGGACGCGCGGUUAUCGAAGUUGAAAUAUUUCUUCUAGAUUUGCCAUGCUUCUUUAUGUACCUUUUUUAGCACGCGAACCUUCUCCUGUAUCUAUCUUGAGGAUGCUUUGAUGCUUUCUUGAGCAGCACAUCGUCUUAGCUUGCGGUUGCGUAUGACCGUACUAGCGUGGUCUACUACUAUUUGUGCAUGGCAAAACUCAAGAAAUUGAAAUUCAAAGUGCAUACAUUGACCGAUAGUGAAGAAAAAUUCAUCUGGACCUGGGACCCGACUGGAAGCAGUAUUCUGAUUAAGUGACUCUGUCGUUUUUUCUUUUGAUGCACGAUAACUAAAAGGGUAGUAUUUUCGCAGUGUGCCUUUUGCUUUUCAAAUAAGUAACAUCGCCAAAACUUUUUCGUCCUCGAUUUUAUCGCUGCUCCGUAGUUGUUCCACAGUUCGUCUUGUCUUCUUUUCUCCAGGUGCGAGUGCCCCGCCUGGCCAAACCGGCAACGCGACCUACAGUGGCAGCAAAGGAGGUCAUAUCAAAUGUAAAAAUGUCUGGGUCUGGAAGAAUGCAACUUGUGAUGCUGCAUUUGGAUUCCAAAAAAAUUUGUAUUGCAUGAGUUCCAAAAGAAAGGCAAUUUUUGCUACGCUGAGGAGGCAUUUGUCAUGCGGAAUACGCAUCAAGAAGCUCUCAAAAAAUCUGUAUUGCUAGGGGAUGCAUCACAGACAUUAGGGCUCAUGCAAAACGUGCAUGACAAGUGUCAGAAUCUUCCAGACCCAGACAUUUUUACAAUCCAUAGGUCACCAGCAGUCGGGCAAGAAAGGCGGAUUUUAUCACAGGAAAAAAGUGUUACAGUUACACAUUUGUUGUAAUUUCAGCAUCACAAACUUGCUCUGCAUGGCAAAGAAAACUUGUAAUGCGCAGACUAUAUUAAGGGAAAACACGAAUGAAAUGACGCUGGCAAGCGUUUCCUGCAUGGCAGAGGUUGUUUGUCUUGCUUGUCGUGCAUGAGAGUGUGUAACUGUAACACUUUUUUCUCGUGAUAGAUUUGGCGGUAAGUCCAAUGGCAAGGGCAGCGGGAAAUCUUCUGCCAAAGAUAUCAAGAUGGAAAGUCCUUGAUGUGCUCCCUCCUAGCUGGUAAGCAUGUAAGUACUCCAGAAUGAGGAAGAAACGCAAAUGUAUGCUUGUGCAUGUACACGUGCUACAGCAAGAGUUCUCAACUUUGUUCCCUCUCGGGGGAGCGCUCCUACUUAUUUUCCAUUUGAUAAGAAACAACGACAAAGACAACCUGGACUCAGAACUCGACGACUAUGCAUUGCAAAAGUAUCGUACUCGUAUAAAUGCAUAUACAAAUUUCCUCAGCAUGAGAACUUAAAUUUGUAAUGCGGAUUUACCUUGAGAAGAAAAUUUGUGAUGCAUGAUUACAAUACGAGUGCGAUACUUUUGCACAGGAUAACGACGCCAGAUGGGCGAAGGGACUCGAGGCGCAGCUGGCCCGGCUCAACGCCAUGCCUGCGUCGACCGGCGUCACGACGGCGACCGAGGAUGAAAAGGAAGAGACUGCAGGAACUGAGAAGAACGCAGAUGACAAGGACGGGACGAACAAAAAGACCGCAGCGUCAACAGGCGACGUGGAGACGGCAGUAGAACCUCCGCAAAAUGGCACAGCAGGAGUGGCCGUAGGAGCAUCAACAUUAUCCACAGCAAGUAUAGUAUAGUUCUUGUCUGGGUCCAGUCGAAGAACAUACAAGGAAUAAACCAGAAGUGGCAACAUGUAUGCAAGAGAGACAUACUUACUUUUGUGUGACCACGACCUACAGCUACAGCCGCGAGCAGAAGCUCGGUUCCCUUAUUAGAUGAUCCAGACAAAAAAUGUUGCAAUGCAUAAGUAUCAUCCGUGCAAGAAGGGGCUGAAGAAACCAAAGAUGGAGAGGGUACGACGACCACGUCCGCGGAUGCUGUCAUGGCCCACGAAAGUAAAGUCGUGGAACAGCUGGCAGCUGCGGAUAAAAUGGCGGCUGUGGUGACCACAACUCCGAACGGAACCGCGGACGACGACUUUGUCGACGCUGAUGAAACCAGCGGAUAUGCAAGAAAAAAACUGUGUAAGUGUAAAUUUGUGUUGCAGAACAUGCAACAGAGUUACAGCUGUCAUGCCAGACAGCCAUGAUGAAGUCCUCUAUUCGUGUGUGUUUUCCCUUACAAGCCACGCAUGACAGGUUUUCUCUGUCAGGUAGAGCAAAUUUGUGAUGCUGUCGACCAAAGAAAGUUACACUAACACAGGUUUUUUCUUGGAUAGCGAAACGACUCCGAUCAAAGACGACGCGGUUGCUGUCCAAGAAGAAGCUCUGGAUUGAGGAAGUUUUUUUACUUAGCUACAGAAACAGACGCAUCUACAAAAAAGAACCGCGUUGUAGAAAAACUUUUUCAAGAACAAGAACACACUCGAUAUUCGUAAGCGGACGAAUAGUGCGGAAGCAGCAAAAUCAAGUUCAAAAAUCUACUACAAAGCAAGUAAGGAUCAUGCUAUAAUGAACCACAAUAGAAGCCACGACGAGGCGCGCGAAUUUUUCUCUUGAAGCUAAGCGUAAGCAUCAUCGACUUUUAAGGUCCGAAGUGAUAAUGUUCAUGGCAUCGAGCCGAUCACUAUCGACGACCAGCACCCACGUAGACUUCUAGUUCGACCACCUGACUUGCUUAACGCUUGACGUUUUCGCUGUUGUCAACAUUGCCUGUGAGUGACAACUUCAGAGAUUAGCUGGCGUGUGGUUUGAAUUUUUAUUUUCGAAGAAAUCCUGAUCUGCGGCUGCUUUGUCCGACCAUCUUCAAAAGCGAUGACGAAUACCAACAGGCGAAAUAUGAGUGCGAACAAUGAAUGGCAACGAUGGCACAAGAAGCUCGGUGAUGUGGCUCUUCAGAUUGAAGAAUCUAUAGAUACCACGUGCGCAACAAAAGUCCAUGCCAACUGCUAGCGCCGUUACCUUAAACUUUUGAAGAGCUGGAUGAGAGUUCCAUUUGAAAACUUUUUCCUGAGUAGAUUGGUUCUAUUCGUUCCUCUAUCGGUUGUAAUCAUCUGUUGUUGAUGUAAUUCCCAGGUCUUGAUUGAUCUCAACUCAUGGCAACGUGUAAUAGAUGUGAACAACACAGGAUCGAAGAAGAUAGAAAAUCUUUCAUCUGGUUCUGUUUGGGUUGCAAUAAAGAUGAAAAUGGACGCCAGCAGGUCGCUGCUAUUUUUAAAACAGUUGCACACUAGCAUUAUCGGUCGUAGCAGUCAUUGAAUAUUUUUU